GCAGCCACCAGGGGCAGUCUCGCGCUCGCCUCGGCCCGCUUCCGGCCGCGCAGGCGUCGUGGGCUGCAAGCCGGGUUUGGUGGUCGCCAGGGAGCUCCCUUCCCUUCCUGGAACUGUGUAAGCUGAAGACUCCGUGAAGCUUGCAUCCACCCAGUAGACAGAAGGGAGAUCCUGUCUACCGUGUGGAGGAUGGAUUGGAACAAAGAGAGACCAUGCAGGAAUCGGCUGUAGAAGCUCAGUACCUCCACAGGCCAGAAGACGCCAUCAGAUCUCCUGGGAUGGAGUUACAGAGGUUGUGAGCUUCCAUGUGGGAACAAGCACGACACUGAGGGACCCACGCUUGUGGAUGGACACCCGGCUGGGAGAAGGCUGGGAGAAGGAAGAGACCCCUGCAGGGAGCAUUGUCAGUGCUGAUUCGGUCACCAUGGUUUCCAGUCUAACGGUCACCUUGGAACAUCUCUGUCCUGCACUUUGAGGGGCAAGCAUCCUUUGCUCCAGAGUCCAUCCCAGGCACUGACAUGGGACAACAUGGAAACAGGAAAGGUCCCAGCCACAGAGAAGUCCCCCGGGGCGUUGGGCUGCUGCUCGCCGUGGCCCUUAUGAAUCUGCUUCUUUACCUCUGCGUGGACCAGGUUUUCAUUUCUCCUCGAUCGACCGAGGAUGCUAGGCGCUGCCCUCAUGGCUACUUCAGAAUGGGGCGGAUGAGAAACUGCUCACGCUGGCUGUCCUGUGAGGAGCUGAGGACAGAAGUGAGGCAGCUGAGGCGCAUUGGGGAAGGAGCCGUGAAGAGAGUCUUUCUGUCUGAGUGGAAUGAACACAAAGUCGCUCUCUCCCGGCUCACCAGGCUGGAGAUGAAGGAUGACUUCCUCCACGGGCUGCAGAUGCUCAGGUCCCUCCAGAGCGAGCACGUGGUCACGCUGGUUGGCUACUGCGAGGAAGAUGGCACCAUUCUCACCGAAUAUCACCCCUUAGGUUCCUUGAGCAACCUGGAAGCAACACUAAACCUUUCAAAGUACCAGGGUGUGAACACUUGGCAGCGUAGGCUGCAGCUGGCCGCCGAGUAUGUGAGCGUCAUUAACUACCUCCACCACAGCCCGCUGGGCACGAGGGUCAUGUGCGACUCCAAUGACCUGCCCAAAACGUUGUCCCAGUAUCUGCUGACAAGUAACUUCAGCAUUGUGGCAAACGACCUGGACGCCCUGCCCCUGGUGGACCACGACUCUGGGGUACUUGUGAAGUGUGGCCACAGGGAGCUCCAAGGGGAUUUUGUGGCCCCUGAGCAGCUGUGGCCUUAUGGUGGAGACAGGCCCUUCCAAGAUGACCUCAUGCCCUCCUAUGAUGAGAAGAUUGACAUCUGGAAGAUUCCGGAUGUCUCCAGUUUCCUUUUGGGGCACGUGGAAGGGAGUGACAUGGUUCGAUUCCAUUUGUUUGAUAUCCAUAAGGCGUGUAAGAGCCAGAUCCCCACAGAAAGACCCACGGCUCAGCAUGUUCUAGACACUUACCGGAGGGUUUUCCAUUCACUCAGAGACACUGUGAUGUCUCAGACAAAAGAGAUGCUGUGAAGACAGGCCUCUGCGUGAUGCUGAACGGCAUCCCCGCUGUUCUACUCUUGGCGAUGGAAGUGCUUUCAUGAACCUUGUGCUUUGUUGACUUUGGCUGUUCAGCCACGCGGGCUCUCCUCAGCAUCUGCCUGCACGUUUGUUUGAGUGUGCUCUGCUCUCCUGGCAACCUGGAUAGAAGUUUCCAAGAGGGAAAACCUUGCUUUGAUGGGCUUGCUAGUGAAGACGCAGACUGUUUGUGGAUAUGUACAGUGCUUAAAGGAAGGAAUAAAACGGUAAUCAUGAGGACACAUUGCCUACUCCGGUAACUGUUCAUAGACUGGUAGGAUGUAUAAUUUUUUUUUAAUUGUUUUUUUUUUUUUUUGAGACAGAGUUUCUCUGUAACUUCGGAGCCUGUCCUGGAAAUAGCUGGCCUUGAACUCAGAGAUCCGCCUGUCUCUGCCUCCUGAGUGCUGGGAUUAAAGGUGUGCAUCACACCCCCAUGGAAAUGGAAAUCUUUAAAUGACCACCUGUGAAUAAACACACUAGUUCUUCAGAGAACAUUUUCCCCUAAUUUAAGAAGCCCUGUUGGAAGCUGGGGCUACAAAACUCAGUGGUCAGGCACUUGCUUGGUUCUGUGCAGAGCCCUGGAUUUGACCCGUGACGAGUGCACACAUCUUGGCUGUCCAAAGUGCUGCCCUUGUCAGUGAGGUCAUUGUCCGUGUUGGAGAUGACUGUCUGUGAAGCUUCCAUGCUGUGACCUCACUGAGGCAGGUGUGCCGUGGCAGCAUGCUCUUGAGAUUGUGAAUGGCUAGGAAUGUUGGGAGCAGCAAGAGGAGAAGACUUUACCUGCGUGGAUGGUGCUGACCCGGUGUUUCUAUGUGAGCAUUUCAUAUCCCAUGUCCCUCUUUACCAGAAAGUGCUGAGCCUCCCCUGGGUUUGCGCACACCUGAACACUUAAAAAAAAAACUGUGGAGCCAGGAAUGAUGGUGCACACCUGUAAUUCUAGCACUUGGGAGGCAGACUGGAGGCACUAGGAGUUCAGGGCUAUCCUGGGCUAUGUACCACAACCCUGUCCAUCCAUACCACCACCCCCCAAUAAAAAAAGAUCUCUCCUGUG